UUUGAAAAUCGACCACUAACAAAAUGGACGCCUCUGAUCAUUUCAAGCUCAUGCAAGAAGCCCUCAAAUAUGGUGAAGUGGCCUUAAGUAGCGAUGAAGUCCCGGUAGCAGCUAUACUGGUGGAUAACAGUACCAAAAAAAUAUUAUAUAGAGCACAUAACAUGACGAAUAUCACCUUGAACGGAACAGCGCAUGCUGAAUUUCGAAUAUAUGACCAUCUUAAAUGCAGUUACCCGAAGGAUCACCUAGAAAUGUGGCACAACUGUACACUCUAUGUCACUGUCGAGCCAUGUAUCAUGUGCGCUUCUAUGCUGGAUCAGAUAGGUGUAAGCAUGAUCGUAUUUGGAUGUCCCAACGAAAGAUUUGGAGGAAAUGGGAGUGUUUUUGAUAUCAGAUAUAAAUCCAACAUCAAGCUUGUGCCUGGUGUCGGACACAGAGAAGCCAUUUCCUUGUUGCGACGGUUCUACAUACGUGAAAACGAACGAAGCCCACAGAACAUCAAUAAGAAAAAGCGUACCUUAAAGUUGGAUGAAUUUCCACAGUUCAAAUAUUCCCAAUUCAUAACUUUACCAGAGUUCAUAGAUAUUUGGGGUAAAGACGCCGAACAAAUUUACUUAGAAAACGAUUUUCUUGAAUUUGAAGAGAGUGGUAAAUUAAUCCUCCCCCGCAAAGUAGAUACCGAUAAAAAAAGAUUGAAAAAAUGAUUUCAAAUAGAAUAGUAUUGUAUAUAGAAAAAGUAGAAAACAAAAACAGAA